UUGAUUGCACUCAAAAUCAAAAAUAAAUAAAUUUAAGUUUUUAAUAAAUGUUAUAUUUUAUAAAUGUGAAUUAAUGUUUUAUUCACCGAUGACAAAACCCACAACUGGUGACCCCGCUUUGGAGAACACAUGUUAGCAGCCUUUUUUGACUAUUGCGAGUCAUAAUUCUUCGUCACGCCACGUGACUCGGAUAAUCAAGUAAGGGAUAACAACAUACUCACUUUUUUUGGCAAAACUCUCUCGCUGUUGUUUGUAUUUUUAUUUUCGUUCUAUUCAAAAUUCAUCAUCGUAAACAUCAUACAUCACUGUAAAAUUGCCAACAGAAGCCAUGAGUGUCGCCGCCGUUGCCAUCAAGCUCCCGGAAUUUUGGGAGGAAGACCCGGAAACGUGGUUCAUCGAAGCCGAAAGUCAAUUUACCUUGGCUAACGUCGUACUGGAUGCAACCAAAUAUCAUCAUAUCGUCAAGCAUAUCACCUCAAAAUCGACUAUAAACGUUGUCUGGGAUAUUAUUUCCAACCCUCCGGCACAGAAUAAAUAUGAAGCGAUUAAACAGAGACUGACAAGCGUUUUUGGAUCUACGCUCCAGACGCGCGUUGAACGAUUAUUUUCAUCUCAAAUCGGUGAAAUGAAGCCCUCACAGUAUUUAUUUCAUUUAAAACGAUUAUCGUUCAACACUGGAUUGACUGAUGAUGCCCUAAAAACAAUAUUUUUGAAGGGUUUGCCAUCUCAUAUGAGCUCCGUUCUUGCGAUAAUUAAUCAGCCCUUGUCAGAAAUUGCUCAAUAUGGUGAUGUAAUGAUUAAAAACGAACCUGUGGUCAACGAAGUGAGUCAACGCGACGAAAAAUACGAACAACUUCAGCAACAAAUCGAGCAUCUAACUGCUGCUGUAAAAAAUCUCAAGCCGUAUCACAAGAACAAGCCGUUUGUUCGACCGUCAAAUCGAUCAUCGUCGUCAGAUAUUUGUUGGUAUCACUCCGAAUAUGGAAAAAAUGCACGUAAAUGUAAUCGCCCGUGCCGAUUCUCAAAAAACUGAGAAGGCACCCGCUUCGUAAAACUUGCGGAGUGGGUCAUUUCCGUCGUCUUUGUAUUAAAGAUAAAAGAUCAAA